AUGAAGACGCAGGGCGACUCUGAACGGAGCGCGCACGCGCCGUCCCCCGCGCUCGUACUACAGCAACCUCAGGCCUCUGUGCCCAUGUCCGCGAGUCAGCGUCGUAAGCAGCUCACCGGCGGCUCCUCCGACCGUCUGCGUAGCCUCGAGGACCGUCGUCACGCCGCGGGCCGACGACACAGCCAGGUCCCGGCGCCUCCACCGUCCGCGCCGUCCUAUCAGCAUCUCGGCGCCAUCGAGAGCGUUCGUACAGCUCUCAGCAGCACGGGAGGCGUGAGCGCUGGCGCUAACAACGUGGGACACGAAGUUAUCCUCAGCGGAGCGCUGAAUAAACGCGGCCAGUUCUUCAAGGCGUGGCUGCCUCGCCAUUUGGUGUUAUCUCGCGGUGCUCUUCAAGUAUAUAGGAAGAACCCGUACGUACAGCAACAGCAGAAAGACGUGGCGCGGCUGGAGAAGAAACUUUUGAAGAUGGAAGUGAGCAGAGCCGACGCCAUCCGCGUCGAGUCCACGGACGCCUUUAAGCACCACCCUUUCUGCUUCAUUCUCGUGGCACGCAAGCGUUCGCGACGCUUGGGGAUCUUAAGCAGCAACGAUGAUGCCACAACGAGGAGCGCCGUCACCUUCAGCAGCACGGGCGGCAACUGCUUCCAGCACCGUAAGGAGAGCAACUUGGACUCGCGCCGACUGGACGACGGGCCUGUCGUGCUCUACUACCUUCAAGCUGGUAAGGAAGUCGAACGACAGCGCUGGAUGCGUGCACUACAACGCUGGAUUGAGGGCGAGAGCCCGGCCCAGCUGGGACGUGGGAUUCUCAGCUAUAUUGUGAAUAACGAGUACAGCAACUACCGCUACGGACAGAAAGUAGUGAGCAGCGGGUCCUCCCGGUCGGUGAUGGGGGACUACUGCUCGUCGGCGGCCUUAUCGCCGGCCUCACAUGCCGGACGCACAGUCGAACAGGAGUUCCCGGUACUUGCGAACUUGAUCCGUGACUUGCACGACUGUAAGAAAGAGGACGAGAUGAUUUACAUCCUGGAUCAAGUGUUAGGAGAAGUGCAGGAUGGCGCCAAUAGUGGGUACAUCAAGAAGCUCAUUGCUACAGCUGGCGAGGUGAAACUGGAGCACUCGGAGCACAUCUGGACGACCCACGUGAAGACGGCGUACGCUAAUAUUAUGAAGGCGCUGCAGACGGCGUCGUCGGGACAAGAGCCUAGCAGUCAGGCGCCGACACUUCGAGCGCCUACGUACGCCACGCGGCAGAAUUCAGCCGGCAGUAUGGACUCGAGUGCGAGCAACCGGUCUUUGAAUAACGUGGACUUGGCGUCGUUCCAUCGAUUCUACAAACUCGGGCGGAAACUGGGGUCGGGCGCCUUCUCUGUGGUGCACAUUGCAACGCACAGAGAGACGCGGAAGCAGGUUGCUGUCAAGUGUAUCGCGAAGGCGAGUCUGGGACCUCAGGACGUGCACUCGUUGAAGCAAGAAGUAGAGGUGAUGUCGAGUCUGGACCACCCAAAUAUUGUCCCGUUGCUGGACUACUUUGAGGAGGACAGAUACUACUACAUCGUAACGCCGUUGUGUACGGGUGGUGAGCUGUUCGACGACCUCGUGAAGCGCAAGAGCUACACAGAGGAAGACGCCCGUGUACUGAUGAAGAAGCUGGCCAGUGCCAUCGACUACCUCCACUCGCGUGGUAUCGUCCACCGCGACUUGAAGCCGGAGAAUAUUCUACUCAAGACUUCAGCUCCUGGAGCCGAGGUCAUGAUCGCGGACUUUGGCUUCGCUAGACCCAUGAACGGCUCACGUCGCGGCACUGCCUGUGGCACACCCGGGUACGUCGCCCCUGAAGUGGUACAGGGCGAACCGUACGGAGCUGAAGUGGAUUGCUGGAGUCUUGGUGUUAUUCUCUUUAUCCUACUGUGUGGAUACCCACCGUUCCCGGGUGCCAACCACGCCACAGUACUUGAUAAGGUCGUGAAGGCCGAGUACAAGUUCGAGUCGCCAUACUGGGACGAAGUGUCUGAUGAGGCCAAGGAUUUGGUGACGGAACUCUUGACUGUGGAUCGUACCAAGCGUCUCGAUGCGUCGGGUAUUCUGGCCCACCCGUGGAUGGACGAGACCCGAGCGUCGGCGAUUAGCACGUCGGAUGACAGUGAGAUCAAGAAGCAGAUCACCCGGAAGUGCUCGGACCUGUUGCCGGCGCUGCACCAGAUGCGCAAACACAGUCUGACCCACGGCAGUCCGAAGAUUCGUCCGUCCGAUAUGAAUGUGGAUGAUAUCGAACUAGACGAGCUGACCAUGAACAGCGACAAGGAAAUGCUCGAACGUGAGCUUGCUGAUAUGGAUGGCUUCUAG